AUAUACAAGCCAAUAGCCCCUCGUAGUCGCAUUGCAAGUGUCGCGGAACCCAAAUUCCUUCCGCCUUUGUCUUCAACUGCGUGAAGGAGAGAUUCGUUGUUUGUGAGGGACAGUAAUGGAGUACGGUUCAGUCUCUGACCCGAGUAAGUCCACGUUUUCUAUCAUAGAUGAAGAUCAUACCUUGGCAAACACUGUCAGAUUCACCUUAAAUCAAGACCCAAGAGUGGCAUUUUGUGGGUACAGCAUUCCUCAUCCGUCAGAGAAUCGUGUUAAUAUCAGAGUCCAGACAACAGGAGAUCCAGCAUCCGAGGUAUUAAAAGAUGCAUGUCAAGAUCUGAUGCUUAUGUGCCGCCAUGUUAGGAGCACUUUUGAUAAGGCAGUCAAUGAUUUUAAAAAGCAGCAAGGCUAGGAUAAAAUGGACACGCCGAGUUGUAUACUGGCUAUGGUUUCAAUUUGUUUUAUGUUGAUUUUACUUUGCGUCAUUGUUCUCCAUAGUUGGGUAUGUAAUUGUUGGUAGUGAACUUAUCUGCCAAUCUUUUAUUUUGCCCAUGUAACAGAUACACUAAAAUAUGAUGAGCAGGAAAAGGUAUGUGCCAAAAUAGUAUUCGUAAUCAGUUUUGGAAUAUACUUCAGAAAGCAAACUUCAUUCCUGAAA